AUGGAUCCAGGGCUCCUGGAGCCCACCUCCUGCCUGAUCCGAGUGUCCAAGAGCGCGCCCACCUUGGGGAUCGCCAUCGAGGGGGGAGCCAACACGCGGCAGCCGCUGCCCCGCAUCGUCACCAUCCAGGAAGCACCCGAAAGCAUCAUCAUCAUCAUCAUCGGUUCCUACUUCUGCAAAAGCCCCAAAGGGAAGGAAGAGGAAGGUUUUGGGGCGCUCGGGGGAGGUGCCACCUCGGGGACCCCCAUGGGGGUCACGGGGAUGAUGCUGGGGGGGGCCCCCCCGGGACACGGCGACGGCGACAAUGAUGAUGAUGAUGAUGAUGUGACCUACAUUUGUGACAAGGAGGUCCCCAACCCACUGCCGCCGCUGCUGCUGCCACCACCACCACCACCAUCACUGCCACCACCGGGCCAUGAAGCGGCGCAAGUGACAAGGCCGCGGUGGCCGCGGGCCAUGGCCAGCCCGGCACCAUGGCUGCACCGGACACAAACAGAGCUGACGCGCUGGGAGGGAGAGGAGGAGGAGGAGGAGGAGGAGGAAGAAGACGACUUCGAAAGGCGGAUGGAUGAGGAUGGGGUCAUCGGCCUGGGGGAGGACGCCGGGAGCCCACCCUGGGGGUACGGCGAGGAGCUGGAGGAGGGGUCCCCGGCAGAGGAGGGUGGCUGGCACCCACGGCAGGACCUGGAGGAGGAGGAGGAGGAGGAACGGGGCAGCUUCAGGGGGGAUGAAGGGCCCUGGGGGGCAGAGAGCGAUGGGGACCCCUACCCCGAGCUCUCCUACGAGGGACGGUGGGGCUCGGGGUCCAGCGGCAGCCCCGGGGUGUCACAGGACGGCCGGGCUCUCUGCAGCACGGAUGGUGGGGACACCUCGGGGCUGUCAGAUGCCAGCCCUGGCCCUGCCACCCCGUCCCACCGACACCGGGACUGGGACACGGCCGGGGACACCGGUGGGGGGCACGGGGAGAGCUGGACCCCGAGCCAGAGCCUCCUGCUGAACCUCUCCACCGAUGACCUCCGUGAUGCCACCACCACCAAGCCUGUCCCCGAGGGGUUGCCGGUCCCCAGCACCCCUGGCUCGGCACCCACUGGGGAGCCAUGGGGUGCUGAGACCCCCCCUCCACCCCAGCAGGGGUCUCGGGUGCCCAAGAAAGCGGUGCCUACGGUGCUGCCCCCCAAGUCUGGCCAUCGGUGGUGGUCCACCAGCCCCCGGCAGCGGCGUGGGGGUGGCAAGGACCCCUCGGGAUGGGGCACCAGCGUGGGUGAUGCCACCCAGUACGGCCGAGGGCGGCUCAACCACCCCCUGCCCGACCUCUCCAAGGUGGAGGCGCGGGUGAAGUUCGACCAGAGCUACCGGCCACCGCGGGGCCGAGCCCUGCCAGCCCCCCCCAGGACCACCGGUGGCCCCCUGGGCUUCAAGUCCCCCGCCGAAAUCGUGCGGGAGGUGCUGCUGAGCAGCGGGGAGGGGGUCCCCCCACAUCCUCCCCCCACCGCCUCCACCGGGCUGCCCAAGGAGUUCAGGUCCCCCAGGCAAGCCACCCAGCUGGUGCAGCAGCUCCAGGAUGACUACCACAAGCUGCUGACCAAGUACGCCGAGGCUGAGAACACCAUCGACCAGCUGCGCCUGGGCGCCAGGGUGAGCCUGUACGCCGACCCGCCGCAGCCCAGCCGCAGCCUCGCCGUGGGCACCCUGGGCACCGGCUGCCGGGUGAUGGCCCUCAGCAUCCCGCGGGCCAGGACGGCCACCUUCAGCGUGGCCCCGGAGCCACCAUCGCCAGUGGGCACAGCUCCAGCACUGGGACCACCAGAGCAGGGGGGAUCACGCUGGCCUCCUUCCCCCCCUCCUCCAGAUCAGGGGGGAUCACCCCGGCCUCCUCCCUCCCCUCCUCCUGUGGGGGGCUGCCCCACAUGUCUGGGGCAGUGCUGCUGCCCGGGGACCCAGCUGACACGGACACUGGUGGGACAGACCCACAAGCUGCAGGCACAGGUGGAAUCCUUUGAAGGCUGGAUCCGAGGGGGGAGCCCCACGCCCUGGGAGCAGCUCCAGGUGGGUCAGCCCCAUCCCGGCCCCCCCAGCUUGGGGAUGUGGGCAUCCCCACCACCAGCCCCCGGCUCCCCACACCCUGAGAGCCCCACAGUGAUGGAGGGUCCCCAGGGGACAGCGGGGGACAGUGAGGUGGUGACGGGGGGGUUGCCCCGGCGCCUCUGGCACAAGCAGCUCCGAGUGGAGGAGGAUUUCGAGGACCUUCUGGCCCAGUACAAGCACUUCAAGUCCUUGCCAGAGUCGCUGAGCCUGGAGCAGCUGAGCCUGGUGGAGAGCAGGUCCCAGGAGGAGGUGGAUGGACCUGCAGCAGGGGAUGGUGGCCCCAGCAAGGUCCCCUGUAGGACACGGUCACUAGAAGAGGAGGCCGACCUCGUGUCCUCCCCCCUGCACCCCCCAGAGAAGACAACCGUGCCGCUGCCCCCCGAGAAGCUCCCAUGGCCAAGGGGGCCACGGGGCCACCUUGUCACCGCUGAGAACCCACCAGCCAUAGCCAAGCCCUCCCUGGGGCUCCCCGAGCCACCGCGGGCACCCCUGUCCCGCCGCAGCAGUGGGGUGGGCACCUCUGCCAGCCAGCCCCGUCCCCACAAGGACCACCGCAUCGUGUCACCGGAGACCGACAGUGGCUUCGUGGGCUCGGAGGCCAGCAGGGUGUCACCCCCCGUGCACACCCCCGAGCACCGCCCCCCCGGCACCGGGACCCCCGGUUCACUGGGACCCUCCAUCCCCGUCCCCGCGACCCUCCGUCCUCUGCGGAAGAGAGAUGUGACCCCACUGCCCUCCAAGCCGGCGCCGAUGGCAGAGCGUGGCCCCAGUGGCACGUCCCCCCCGGUCUCCCACGUCGGUCCCCGCGCCGAGAAGCCACAGCACCCUGGACUUUGGUACCUGGCGGCCAGCCCCGGUGCCACCACCGCCAUCGGCUGCCUUGCCCCCGUCCCCCUCGUGCCUUAUGCCCCCUCCGUGCUGGGACAUCUAACCCCCUUCCUCCCCACAGCAGAGCGUGGCCCCAGUGGCACGUCCCCCCCGGUCUCCCACGUCGGUCCCCGCGCCGAGAAGCCACAGCACCCUGGACUUUGGUACCUGGCGGCCAGCCCCGGUGCCACCACCGCCAUCGGCUGCCUUGCCCCCGUCCCCCUCGUGCCUUAUGCCCCCUCCGUGCUCUACUGCUCCCCAGCGGUACCUACCUCAGCCCCAGCCGUGCCUGGGGUCCCCCUUCAACACCCCGUGGGGCUCCAGCGGGUAGAGCAUCCCCCCCGGCCACACGCCGCUGCCCCCCACCGCUGCCUGACCUUGGAGCUGGAGGAGCUGGAGGACCUCAACCAGUCGCUGAGCCGGGCCGUAGAGGUUGCCCAGAGCAUGAGGGUCACCACCACCCGCAUGAGCCGGGUGCUGGGCGCCGAGCUGAGCCGGGUGAGGGACCUGCGGGGCUCCUGCCUCUUCUGAGGGUCCUGUCAGCACCCCUAAAACCCUCCCCAUCCCUCGUGGGGAGCAGGAGGAAGAGGAUGGUCCACCCCAUCAGCAUCCCUGCACUGGAUGCUCCCCGCCGGGUCUGGGGAUGGCAGGGUUGGAGGCAUCUCCAUGGGGUUCUGCGCCAACUCCCACCCAGCUUGUCCUAGACCUCCUGUGUCACUUGUCCAUCUGUCCAUCCCUUCUCAAGGCCACCCAAGCUGGUGGGGUGAGGGGCAGAGGUCUUCUGAGACCUGCAUCCCGGGGUGCCAGCACAGACCCGACAGGAGGCCACCAUCCUGGGACCAAGGGGGUGCCCCAGGGCAGAUGCCACCCCCAGCUUAGCACUUCUGGGGGUGCCCCAACUUUGUGUAGGUCCUACCCCAACGCAGGUAGACCCCCCUGCCUUGGCAGCUGCAUUUACCUCCGUGGGCAGAAAUACCCCCAAUUCCCUAUUCACCCCCUUUUUCCAGCCUUUAGGCAUCUCUGGGGGCCCCCCCUCCACCCCUUGCU